UGAUGCUAAGAUUGAAGCAAAGCGUAUUGAUCCAAAUCCGAGCACAAUGGAAGCUAUGGAAAUCAAGGAGGAGCCGACAAGCAAAGUUGAACGGAAAGUAACAACAAUUGGACUGAACUCCACAUCAAAAGAUAACUAAGAGGAAGUGGAAAACUACGAUCCUUCAAACGAAGCGUAUCAUCCUCUGGAGCACGCAUACUGGAAGGCCAAAGCGGUGACACCGUAUUUGGCGUUAGCUCGAACGUUUCAAGUGAUAGAGGAGACCAAAGGCCGCCUCAAGAUGAUUGAUACGUUAAGCAUUUUUUUUUCCUCGGUUAUGUUAGUUAGCCCAAAUGACUUGCUGCCCAGUGUUUAUCUCAGUAUUAACCAGCUGGCCCCCGCUUACGAGGGGCUGGAACUUGGUGUGGCUGAGACAACGUUAAUGAAGGCCAUCUGCAAGGCGACGGGCCGUAACUUGGCACACAUCAAGUCUCAAACGCACUUAACCGGCGACCUGGGCAUUGUCGCCGAGCAGUCGCGCGGUUCGCAACGCAUGAUGUUUCAGCCUGCUCCACUGAACAUCAGAGGAGUAUUCAACAAGCUAAGAGAAAUAGCCAAGAUAUCUGGUCAGUCCAAGAUGACUCUCGUCUAUGAUGUCUUUGUGGCCUGUCGAUCAUCUGAGGCUCGUUUCUUUAUACGCUCCCUGAUGGGCAAGUUGCGCAUUGGCAUCGCAGAGCAAAGACUUCUCACUGCUCUUGCAAUUGCUUUGGUGAAGAAAAAUCACAUUAACGACUGCAAGGUCAGCAAAAUAGUCGACGUUUACAAAGAUGAAAUAACGGAGACUACGUUAUUGCUGAAAACAGCAUAUAGCCAAUGCCCCAACUACGACAUUAUUAUUCCUGCAAUAUUGAAGUAUGACAUCAAGGAGCUCCAAGAGCGUUGCCCGAAAAAAACGUUGUUCAACACUGGUAUGGCGCGUACCUAAAAUUGUUUGCGGAAGGAAAAAAUUAACAUAUUUCAAGACGUUCGCUGAUAGUUUUAAUCAAAAAGACAUUUUCCGAAGCUUCUGGGGGUGCCUCACACGCCUACGAAGACGGCGCGAAGAAAUUCCCAAAGCUUCAUCAAUUAAGUCGAAAAACCUGGAAUUUACUGCAUGGCGUUCCGGAAUAACUCUUAAAACGGCUCUUGGAACUCCGUCUGGACCCUGAGAAGCAUGGCAAGCAUAGGAAAGACAAGGAUGGCCACGGAGAAGGCGACGGGAGUUAAAAUUCGCAUGGAAACGCUGAAAAAAAGGGAAGGAGAAGCUAAAUCCGCCAUGCGG